CAAACCCACAAAAUCCUAACCAUCCAUAACACUAUAAGAACUUGAUCAACAGAUCUGUUUAGUAACAAGUUAUUGAAGGUACAACAAUGGCGAACGCAAGCGAUGAGUUCAGACUAGCGUCUUCCGGCAUCGAUCAUGAAGGCCGACUACCACGAAAAUACACCGGUGACGGUCAAGGUACAAAAAAAGACAUAUCACCACCGUUAGAAUGGUACAACGUUCCGGAGGGGACAAAAACACUAGCACUAGUGGUGGAGGACAUCGAUGCACCGGACCCAGAAGCGCCGCUGGUUCCGUGGACUGUGUGGGUGGUGGUCAAUAUACCACCUACUUUGAAGGGGCUCCCAGAGGGAUUUUCCGGGAAAGAGGGGGACAUGGGUGGCGAUUAUGCUAAUGUUAAAGAAGGACAUAAUGACUUUAAGGUGCCUGGAUGGCGCGCACCGAAGAUGCCCUCAUCCGGACACCGGUUCGAGUUUAAGCUGUAUGCGUUGGAUGAACAAGUUGAGUUGGGGAAUAAGGUGACUAAGGAGAAGUUGCUGGAGGCGAUUGAUGGCCAUGUGGUUGGGGAGGCUGUUCUGAUGGCCGUAAAUUAAAUUGAGAAUGGUUUAUAUAUAUGUUAGUUGUGUGACUUGUGUCAUGUGUGAUGUUCUUGUUUUAACGUAUUUUGAAACAGAAGUGACGAGAGAGAGAGAGUGUUUGUUGUGUGUUUUUCUUGAGAGAUCAUGAAUUAAUUAUGCUGUUUUGCUUCAAGGAAUCAAGCUUUAUAAAGUAAAAUACAAAUGUAAUGCUUCAACCGAGCUAGGA